AUGAGCUAGCAGCAUAAAAGCAAGGCACGUCGCUUUGCCUUGAUUUCAUCAUGAACUAUCCAUUGCAGCACAUUAUUACACAAAUCACUUGCGCCUUAUAACGAGCUUUCACACAAGAUGGCAACGAGUCUAAUUCCACCCGAGCUCUUAGCGAAGUUGGCCAGUCAAAUCGUCCAGGACCCCGGCAUUCCAGUCGCAGCUCCAACUGUGUCAGCAUGGCAAGAACCUUCUCAUCCUAUUGCGACUAUCCAUUCCGAAGAUCUGCCGCAGCGCACUGACUUUGCCAUCAUCGGUUCCGGUAUCACUGGUACCAGCGUUGCGAAAACAAUCCUUGAACAUGAAUUAGCACGCCAUAAGACGGUCACUAUGUUUGAAGCCCGAUCUCUGACGACCGGGGCAACUAGUCGCAAUGGGGGCUUCCUGCUGAGCCAUGCUCCGCCGUUCUUCAAACGCUAUGUCGAGGCUUUUGGGACCGAUGCGGCCAGACAAAUUGCCCUAUUCUGCGACCGCACACUGGAAACCAUCGUGGAUAUGGCCAAGGCCGAGAAUCUUGAUAAGGCAAGCCAGAUCAGAGACGUCACGACAGUCGCUAGCUUCGAAGAUGAGGAAGGGUUCGCUGACGUGACCGAAUCUAUUCGCAUGUAUGAAGAGGCUAUUCCUGAAGCCAAGGGAAAAUAUACAAUCAUCAACAAGGAGGCAGCAGAGAAGGAGUAUCAUCUCAAGAAGUCUAGCGGCGCUCUGGUCGUUCAUUCUCGCGUGUUCUGGCCAUACAGACUGGUCACAAACCUUCUGGAGCGCCUUCUCCAACUUUAUCCAGAGCGAUUCGCAAUCGAGACCCAGACACCGGUAAUCUCAAUCACCGUCGAUGGGUCCGACAACGAAUACCCCUACAUAUUGACAACUCCCAGGGGGACCGUGAGAGCCGCCAAGGUCUUCCACUGCACGAGCGGUUUUACAGGCCACCUUCUGCCCAAGCUCCGGGGAGCAAUCUUCCCGUGCCGACUCUCCAUGACAACUCAGAAACCGGGACCGCAGUGGGGGAAUCGCCCCAACUCAUGGCUCUUUCAUUCUAAGCAAUCAUAUGACGCCAGUACCACCUUAGUCGAGCAAGGUCUCUACUGGAUGCAGCAAAAUGCAGAAACCGGUGAUCUGUUUGUCGGAGGCGACCUGCAGAGGCUGGAUGAUUUUAUAUCCUCAGACGACUCUGUCAUCAGCGCGGAUUCGGCGAGAAAUCUCACUGAUUUGCUCCCUAAGAGGCUCUUCAAGGAAGGCUGGACCAACCCCAUCACGAAUACUACCAUGACCUCCGCCACUGCCCUUCAUAGAAUCUGGUCUGGAAUCCUCAGCAUGACCGCUGAUCAAGUCCCGAUUGUGGGGAGUGUGCCGACAAGUGUCAGCGGUAGAAAGGUUGAAGGAGGAGAGUGGAUGGCGGCCGGCUUCAAUGGAUACGGCAUGUCUCAGUGUUGGCUAUGUGGCGAGGCUAUUGCUCGUAUGGCGAUGGGAGAACCAAAGCCAGAGUGGCUCCCGGAUGUCUACUUGAGUACUGAGAAGCGUCUGGGAGAUGAGGCGUUUAUGGGGCCAGAGGCAGCUUUGGCGUCCUUCUUUGCAAGGUAAUACAAGAUGAUAGAUGCUGGCAUGCAGGUCCCAGUCUGGUGGUCUUAUAUCUAGAACCGAGUCGUGAGUUCUACUUAAGUUCUAUCAAUGGUACCAAUUUGAAUGUAACUACCACGUCCACUUUCACUGAGCAUUUGAAGUCCUCCCUGCUACGUAGCCGAGCCAGUAUGGGCAAUUUGAUGUGGCAUCUUCGAAGGAUGACCUCCUGGUAUUGUACAAGUAUGUUCACGUAUACCAUCUAAAUCAGCAUUUCCUAGGUUCGACAAGGCAAAUUGUGUAUCAAGACC